AUGAAUAAUACAAAUGAAUUACAUUUAUCUACAAAUAAUACCCUUGGAAGUUGGUCAAAUUAUAAGAAACCAAUAUUACAGAAAGUUAAUUCUCAAAUGAAUAAUCACGGUGAACAAAAUUAUUGGAUUGAAACAUUGGUAUUUGCUGAUCAUACAGUAAUGAAUCGUUUCUCGAAUAAAACAAUAGCAGAAAAUUAUGUGAAAACAUUAAUGAGAAUGACUGAUGAAUUAUUUCAUCAUCCAUCUUUAGGUAUGAAUAUGAGUCUAGUUGUACAAGAUAUAAUAUGGGUUAGUGAAGCUGAAUCAAAUGAACUUCUAUGGGGUGCAUCGCUAAUUCGUUCUGUUCACAGAUUUUGCAAUUGGGCUUUAACUCAUCAUUAUGUUCGUUAUAACUAUGAUCAUGCCUUGUUUUUAUCAAGAAAUAUUGUACAAGCAGCUGGCAUAUCUCCACUAAGUCAAAUGUGUCGUAUGCAGUAUUCCUGUACAUUAGCAGAGGAUAGUGGAUUUUUUUCAGCUUAUCCCAUUGCACAUGAAAUAAUGCACAGUCUUGGUGUUGAACAUGAUGGUGAAGGAAAUAGUUGUGAUCGUUCAGGAUCCACAGGAAAUAUAAUGGCUCCAUUAAUUUUAUCCGCAGGUCAUAACCAUCAUUGGAGUGAUUGUACACGAUUAGUACUUCAAAAUGGUCUUGAAACACAGAAAUUUACUUGUCUUCAAGAUUUUCCAAUAUUUAAACAGGAAUAUAUGAAUUUUGAUUUGCCUGGCUGGCAAUGGUCACUUGAUCAACAAUGUUUUGUUAUAUCUGGAUCCAAUAUAAGUCAACAUUGUCCUGGAGUUGGAGAAUACGCCUGUCAAGAGUUAUGGUGUUCAAUGAGUGGUUCGAAAGAUCAUUGUGAUAAAAUGUUAAAUCAUGGACUAUUAGAUGGUACUCCAUGUGGUGAGAAAAAAGAAUGUUUUCAUGGUGAAUGCAUCGACUUGAAACCUCAGAAACUAGAAACCAAUCAAAGAUCACAUCAAUAUACAUCCUGGUCCGCUUGUUCACGAACGAAUGGGAUUGGUACACGUUAUCGUACACGAAAAUGCUCUAAUAGAAAUCAAAACAAAUGUGAAUUCAAUGAUAACGAGAGUAUGAUUGAAUAUGAAUUGUGCGGUAAAAACACAAACGAAGAUCAUUUAAAAUCUAUAGAUUAUCGAGAAGAACAAUGUUCACGAUUUGAUCAAUUUAAAUUAAGAGGAAUAUAUCAUAAGUGGUUACCUUAUAUUUAUUCUCAAAGACCAUGUAGUUUAAGUUGUUAUUCAUUACAAAAUGGUCAAAUUCUUGAUGCAUCAAUAUCAGUUAGAGAUUCAACACCAUGUACAUAUGAUAAUCCUGAUGCACGUUGUAUACAAUCAGUUUGUAUUAAUUUCGAUUGUCUUGGUCAGGUGAAUGGCACAGCUAGAAGAGAUCAAUGUGGAGUUUGUCAGGGGAAUAAUUCAACUUGUAGUUUUAUACAACAUAGAAUUCAACGAGUUCUCCCAAUGAAUGAAGAAUAUCGUAUGUUAUACGUGAUUCCACGAUAUGCAAGACAUUUAAAAAUUUCGAAGAAUUAUGGUAAUCAUGUAUUAGGCCUAUUCGACAUGCAACAUUUCCAAUUCUUUCUAAAAGGUGAUGAAUUAGAACUGGGUACGAAAUUAAGACGUGUUUAUUUUGCAACAGAGUUUGUAUUUGAUACAGGGAAUCCAAUGAGUAAUUCAGCCGACAGUUUUGUUCAAAUUCACACAAAAGGAACAAUUUAUGGGGAUGUUGCUAUUCAAGCCAGAAAUUUAAAUAUUAAUGAAGAUCUCGAUCCCUUAGAUGUGGAAAUAAGCUAUGUCCUACCAUUAAGUAAUGAUCUCUAA